ACUACUACUAUUAUUAUUGUUUGUAUUUGUAUUUAUAAAAUUUGACUUGUCCAACAAAAGGUGGCGCGAUUGUUCCAUAGCUCUACUAAAAGAUGCCACUUUGGUAGUUUGUCCUCAGUGACUUUCCGUAGAAGUCUAUGACGCGAUAGUGAAAUUGACAUUUCAGCUGUAGUAAACUUUGUUUCUUUGAAUUCAAAUUAUCCUGAUUACUCAGGCUCAAAUAGACAUGCAUCGCUCAAUAAGAAAAAGUGAAUCUGGUAUCAAUUCCGUCAUUUCAGGCCAGCCGUAUUGCGUCUCAGUUUUGAAAGAGGGCUACUGCAAAGCUGAACCAGACGGCUCGUUUAGAGCUGACGGUACCAUUUCUUUAAUUACCGGACCACAAACUAUUCUAGUAGACACCGGGGGUCCUUGGGACAGAGACUUUCUCGUCGAAAAACUUAAGGAGAAGGGUAUGACGACAGAUAGUGUUGCUAUAGUAGUCGGAACCCACGGCCACUCUGACCACGUGGGAAACUUGGGAUUGUUUCCAGACGCCAAAAUAAUUGUGGGAUGUGACAUAAGCGUGGGGGAUCGAUAUCUGCCAAACCAAUUGGCUGAGGGACAGCCAUACCCUAUUGAUGAUUUUGUAUCCGUCAUUCCAACACCUGGCCACAUGGGCAGAGAUGUCAGUGUCCUGGUAAGGGGAACAUCAGAGGGUACAGUACUUGUUGCUGGAGACUUGUUUGAACGUUGUCAUGAUGAAGACUCCUGGAAGGACCUGAGCGAGAACCCUGAGAUACAAGAGUCCAACCGACAAAAGGUGUUACAGAUUGCUGAUGUAAUAAUUCCUGGACAUGGGCCAUUAUUUAGAGUGCACAAGGAAUAAUGGCAUUGAUGAAAUCCUGGACCUGAGGUUGAGUUAUAGCAAUUAUGAAAUAAAGAACACAUUAAUUUAUAUAAUCCAUAAUACCAUACCAUUCAGUUCACAUUCUUCUCAAAUGUAUUUCAGAUUGGGCUACUGGCUGUUUUUUUUUUAGUUAAAAAAAGUUUUUUCACAUGCUUAACUGCAUGGUAUAACCAAUCAAAUGUACAGUAAUGAUGGCAUAAAUUGCAGUGUAAAAUGAGUUGGGUGUGAAAUGGAGUCACUUCAUUCAUGAAUAUUGACUGUGAGUUUUAAUCUUAUUCAUUUUACUUAUAAUGACUGCUGAAGCUACCGACCCACUUGCUUUUAAGUUAUUUUUAGCCUUUAUCUUAUUUGUAAGUCAUGUGACAAAAGAUGGCUAUGGAAGAUAACUGGUUGUGACUCAGUAGUAAAUAAGGGUCAAGGUUUUCAUUCUAAGAAUGAAUGUGCUUUCCCAAAAUAAUGUAUAGAUGGAAAUUUUGUGUGUGCCAUCUUCUUUUUUUUUUAUAUAUAUAGGUAAUAAAAAAUUAAACCUUUGCUGCUGUGAACUCAAGUCUGUGAUUGUGUCACCCUCAAGUUGUUCCAAACCUGUACACAUUUCUUUGUUCUGCUGAACACAAAGGCAGAUAUUUUGAAGAAUGUUUGUAACCAAAUGGUUAUGAGGCACCAUUGACUUCCAUAGUAUUUUUUCCUCAUACUAUGGAAGUCAAAGGGGCCCAUCAACUGUUUGGUUACAAACAUUCUUCAAAAUAUCUUCCUUUGUGUUCAGCAGAACAAAGAAAUUUAUACAGGUUUGGAACAACUUGAGGGUGAGUAAAUGAUGACAGAAUUUUCAUUUUUGGGUGAACUAUCCCCUUAAGUACAAUCAUAAUAGGCAAUUAAAUACAGUGUUGUAAUGAGCAAUACCAUUUACAUGUUUUUUUUUUUUUUUAAAUGUCUUUUUAUAGGUUAUGACCUAAAUGUUAAUUCAUUGCAUUAUACUGCCAUUUGCUGUAACCCAUUAAAAUAUAUGCUUUAUGAUUA